GCUCUGCAUGUGUCUGAUCUCACAGGAGCACACCUGCACCAGUGAGCUGCAAGAUGUGGAGCGUGUCCUGCAGGAGUCUCUGCCAUCUCUGUGCUGCUGCGCGUCUGAUUGGCCAUCUGUGCUCUCUGAUUUCCCACAAUCCCUCAGAAACACUCAGCACUGCCUCAUCUACCUGCUGCACCUGUUGCUGCUGCACGGGGACAGGUUUCUGAGCGACUCGGCCGUGUUCUCCGCUGUGCUGCGCUUUGUCUCGUGUGUUCAGGACCUUCCUGCGUCGGUGUUGAGUUCAGUGCUCUAUCUGCUGUCCGUCACUCAACACGCCGGGCCUCGUCUGGACACGGUGUCUGUGAGCGUCCUCUCUAAAGCUCUGUCCUCCUGUCCGCUGCUCUUCUCUCGUUCUCUUCCUCUGUCUGUCCUGAGCUUCAUCUUCAUGUAUCCGGAGCUCUCGGAGCGGUUCGGAGCGCCAGCUCUGACGGGGCGUCUGUCAGAGGAGGAGCAGGAGCAGGAGCUGCUGGAGCUGCUUCACACACACCCUGCAGCGCUGCUGGCCACACUGGCCGUGGCGUGUGACGCCGAGUCUGCAGCGUCACGUUCAGCUGUCGGUGUGCUGCAGUGUUUCCUGCGAUCAGCCGACAGCAGCAGCAUCAGCGGGACGUCUGAUCUCUGUGAUCAGAUCCGAUCGGCGCUGCUCAAUGUCCUGCAGAGACACACACACACAGACGGUCUGUCUGUGCUGCUGAACGUGUCGUCUGUGAUUCACUCGUCCGGUCAGAUGGAGCACACUGACUUCAGACUCCUGUACCACGCAGUGUCUCUGCUGCUGGGAAACGUCAGGCUGAUGGAGCUGCUGGAGGAGGUUUUAUCGGCCUCUUCUUCCUCAUCUUCAUCGCUGUUGUGCUCCUCUCUGCUCCUGCUCUCCUCCCUCACACUCCUGCAGCACAAACACUCCGCUCAGGUUCACAGGAGCGUCAGUGUGGAUCUGCAUCAGAUAAUCAGACGACUGGCCUUCAGCAAGAGACACACGGACACACUGCUCAUCAAGUGCAGUGUGCGCUUUGUGCAGGUGUGUUUGGAUGUGGACGCAUCUGCUCUGCUGUGUGUGUGUGAUGCAGCACUGCAGCGACCUCUGACCUCUAUAGAUGGCGCUCUUCAUCCCAUCGGACACAGCGGCGCUACGAGCCUCAUGACAGCGCUGAGCGCACUCAUGCUAAUGACGCAGGAUCUGAUGGUCAGCGCCGGUCUGAACUGUCUCAGGUCUCUGAUGGGAUUUCUGCGCAGACGGAGCCCUGAAACCGCGCAGCACAUGGUGUGUCAGCCGUGGAUGCGGUUCCUGCUUUUCUCUUUACUCUCCUGUGACCAGAGACUGAGACCUGCAGCGCUGCAGCUGCUCACACAGCUGGUGUGUUUCAGCGGCGGCGUCUCACACUGGAGGACUGAAGUUGAGUCUGUGUGUGAAGAGAUUGAGAAACAAGGAGCGACGAACCUCACCGAUGACAGCACACACACACUGAGACUAAUGCUCACACAGUGUUGUGCUCUUUCUCCUCCUGAUGAUCUGAGGAUGAGGAUGGAGGCUAUACAAGAGUCACUAAGACAUCUUCCUCCCUCUGAGAGCUCAAGCAGACACAUGCUUCGGGUUGGACGGGUGUCUGUCUGUCUGUCUGACUUCACAAUCAGCACUCAGGACCUAUGAAACACAG